ACUCGUUUAUCUUUAAAUUCUAAAAUAUUAUGUAAUUAUGUUCAUUAUAUUAUAUAGAAUUAUAAAUACAAAUCAGCUAUUAGAAACACCAGAACCAAUGAACUUAGGUAUAUCUAAUACGUCUGGUUUGACAGACCAACCUAUUAAUGUUGACUGCAUAACACAAUCGCAGUUGCAAACUUGUGGCUUUUCGCUUGUUAGUACGCCAUGUAAGGAUAUAAUUACUGAUGUAAAUAGUUCUGAAGUGGAAUUGUUUGGUAUAUCAGACCCCAAUGUUUCUGCUAUUACUGACACAGCUUUACCUAUUGAGUAUGAAGAUUCAAAAGAAGACGAUACCAUUAUUACAAAGUCACUCGAAGGUCGUAGGAUUGUUGAUAUACAACAUUUAUUCGCACAAAUUCAACAGAGUAAACAUGACAAAUUCGACUGUUCAUUCAUUGACAUGGAAUUUCAGAACGAAAUUCGUAAAGGAUUCAAUUCAGUAUUUAAAUUUAAGUGCAAAAUUUGUGGUAUAAAAUCUUCAUUUUAUUCAGAAAAUAUUAAUGAAUCUAAGUACUUAGGAAUUAACCUUGCAGUUAUUAAUGGUACUUUGGCUGUCGGAAUAGGUCAAUCUCAACUUAGCGAAUUUUGUGCCUCAGUAGAAAUUCCCUCAUUAUCGUCAACAUCAUACUUAAAUAAUUUAUCUACUGUGAGCGAUGCUGUUAAGAGGACGUCUCACCCUACUGAAGGUACUGUGAGAGAAAUCGAUCAGGAUACUUCUAAUGCUGACUUUAGUUCUCCAAUACAAAAUUCAGUAACUGAUGAGAAUAUCCUGACCGAUAUACCGGUAUUAAAUGAAAUAUCUGCGAUUGAAACUUCAGAUGGCCUGCCAAAUUGUAGUGUUGAGAAUUGUAAUAGUUAUAUUGAAAUUAAUACAUUAAAUUUAACUCCAGAACUUAAAAGUCCACUCGCUCAAUCGAGUUUUAUUGAAAUAUCAGAGAGUUCAAUUAUAAACUCCAUUCAAACUUCUAACGCAACGUUCAAUGAGCAAACUUCAAGGUAA